AUGGCAACUACAGCUGACCAGAGUGCAGCGCUUGGGCUGUCGUUCACGGCGCUUUGUUCGGUGCUAAAGACCAUCGAAGCGACGAGCAAAAGCGAUACGAAGCUCGAGCUGCUCUUCAGCGCGAACCUCCGCACUCGAGUGGGUCGAGGGGAUCUCUACCCGCUCAUGCGUUUGAUUCUGCCGCAACUGGAUCGAGAACGCACGUAUUUGCUCAAAGAGAAGAAGAUCGCGAAGCUGUACAUUCAGGUGCUCGGUCUCGCGCCGAUCAGUCGAGACGCACAGAAGCUGGAGCACUUUCACGAUCCCCGGAUCGUCGACAGCAACUCGGUCGGCGACUUUGCAGCUGUGCUCUACGAAGUCGUGCUCUAUCGAAGUGGCGCGAGCAGGCUCAAGCUGACGCACACGAUUCAAGACGUCAAUGAGCUGCUCGAUGCUCUUGUUCGGGCUGACAGCAGUGCAGCGAGGAAACAAGUGGUCCUGAAGCUAGUUACGGAGUACACUGCAGAGGAGCAAAAGUGGAUCAUUCGGGUGGUGCUGAAGGACCUGAAGAUCGGAUUGAGGCACGAGCGGGUGCUCCAGUUCAUCCACCCGGACGCCAUGGAGAUGUACAACCAUACAAACGACUUGCACAAGGUCUGCACCGACUUGCGCAACUCUGCAGUGAGGUACGUGCCGCAGCUGGAACCGUUUCAGGUCUUCACGCCGAUGCUCGCGAAGAGAGUGCACUUUGGGGAGUGUAUCAGCGCGAUCAAUGCCGAUGCCUUUGUCGUUGAGCCCAAGUUGGACGGCGAACGGAUCACGUGUCACGUACAGGGGCAGAACGUGCAGUUUAUCUCGAGGAACGGGAUCAACUACACGGAGAGCUACGCGCCAUCCAUUCAGCCGCAUGUGCUGUCCCAACUCGAGCCUGAAGUGGACUGCAUCUUGGACGGAGAGAUGAUGGUGUGGGACAAUACAGAGUAUCGGCUGCGCGAGUUCGGACUGCUGAAGCAUACUGCAAAGGCCGUGCGCACGGGGGAAGUAACGAAUCGAUGGCUGUGCUACGUCGUGUGGGACGUCGUGUACCUCGGAGGGCCGAAAGCAGAGCAGUUGAUACGUGAGGUGUUUCGCGGUCCCGGAGAAGUUACUGCCGUGAUGGGUCUACCGCUUCUUGCACGACGGAAGUUGCUGCUCCGGAUUCUCAAACCGCUCGAUCACCGGAUCCUGAUCAUCGAGCAGAAGCUGAUCAAUGACAAGUCACCAAGAGAGCGGCAUGAGCGCGUCAUGGCUGAGGUAGACCAGCAGGUGCAAAACGGAGGCGAGGGCGUGAUCAUGAAAGACCUGAACGCUCAUUACAUGUGUGGCGAAAGCAGUCGGAAGUCGAAGAAAUGGUUGAAGCUCAAACCGGACUACGCAGGCAUGACGACCGAUCUCGAUACGGUCAUUGUUGGUGGAUUCUAUGGCACUGGGCGGCGUCGCAGUGGCAAUGUGUCGGUCUUUCUUCUCGGCGUACUUGCUCACGCGCUCGACGAGACCCAGGCAGCUGAAGCAAUGAAGCCAGGUGCUCCGUGUCCCGCAGUGUACACGUUUGCUAAGGUGGGUACUGGAUACAAUCUGGACGAGCUCGAGCAGAUGCGACAAGAGCUUGGGCCGUACUGGCAGCCAUGGGACGACAAGCACAUUCCGCUGCAUUUGAACGGCUGGAAACCGCAAAAGAGCGACCUACGACCUGACGUGUGGAUCGAUCCACGACACUCGAAGAUCCUCGAAGUGUACGGGUUUGAGCUCUCGUUUACAACACUAUACCAGACAGGGCUCACGGUACGGUUUCCUCGGUGCAAGGCAAUCCGCAAUGACAAGGAAUGGUACCAGUGCAUUGAUCUCCAGGAUCUCAAUGCUGUUCGCGGAAGCCUCUCCACCAAACGCGCCUCUGAAGUCGCUCUGGGACAAAAAAGUGUUGCAAAACGUGUCAAGAAGCAAAAGACAGCACUACCUCGUCGUGCUAGUGGCGUGCUGGAAGAGUACACUCGUGCGGAUCUGAACGGCAUCGAACAAGAGCGAAGUGUGUUGGAAGGAAUGGAGUUCUGCGUACUACCCGGCAAAUUCGAGACGCCUCCACCAACUGUUCGUUCAGCAGUGCGUGGAGGUAUACUGGACGACCACGCCACGCACUUGUCGAAGCAGACGAUUGAAAAGCUGCUCCACGCUUUCGGAGGUCACGUGGUGCAAAACCCGAUCGACAGCACCAACUACGUUGUUGCGGCGAGCGAUGCUGGAUUCAAGGUGGCCAAUCUGAAAAAGCAAGGAUUGUACAACAUCGUGCACGUUCGGUGGGUAUACAGCUGUGCAGCCGCCAUGCGUUUGGUGUCGCCGAAGGCAAGCGACUUUGUGUUUGCAACUGACGCGCAACGACAAGCUCUUGCCAGGCAGUAUGACCGCUAUGGAGAUCAUUUUACUGAGCACAUUGAUCCAGACGAAUUCAGACGCAUCAUGCACGAGAUGGAACGGGAUGCUGGCGAAGAACCCGAGACGCUGCCUUGGCAGCUCCGAAUGCGCGAGUUGGACAUGGAAGAAGCGGACUCCAUGAGUUGCGCAUUCACUUUCUUGUCGCAUUGUGUGGGAUACUUCCAGCCUCGCAACAACUCGGACAGUUCGUUCCCUGGCGCGAACGCCAUCUCGGCUGGCGAAGCAAAGCUCCUCGAGCACCAAUUCAGGCUGUACGGAGGACUCGUUGCACACGAAAUCGAUUCUGCUGUCACGCACGUUGUCGUUGACUCGACUGAUCAAGCUCAAAUCGAGCAGCUUUUGCCAGCAAUUCGGGCUUUGCGUCACCAAGGCUUACCAGAGCCUCGAGUCGUUGCAAAGGAGUGGGUCCAGCAAAGUGUGGAAGCGCAAAUGCAGCUUCCCGUGGACGACUUCGUUGUGCAUGUUUAG